GUUGGAAGGAGGGGCCCGGAACGGCGGCACGGGGUUGUUGUGGGGGUCAGUCCCCCGGGGACUGCAGGGAGACGCGGCACGCGGCCUCUGCGACCCUAUGAACUCUGACCCCAGCUCCCACACUGUCGCCUAUCACCGGCCCACUCUCCAUGCCGCGUGUCCCUUAAAAGCUGGGGCCUGGGACAGGAACGACAGACAAUGCAGCCAAUGGCGUCACGCGCGGUGCCCCGCUACCCAAUCGAAAGGCGUGGCUGAGGGAAACGCGGUGGGAACCGCCCCCGACUCCAGGCAACUCCUUGGCCGGGCGGGGGAGAGCGUCCCCGUCAGCUGAGAGCAUCCUCACUCGGUCAGUUCCUCGGGCGAGUUACGGGGACGACCUGCGGGAGCACGCGGGCAGUGGCCGGACGCUGAAGCCCAGGAGAGCGAUGGAGACGUAUGCGGAGGCUGGGAAGGAGGGCAAGGGUUUGUCUCCAGCAACAGUUCCUACAAAUUACUGAAAAACAGAUAAUCUGAUCUUUCAAAGAGGUGGCAGGAAAGAAUCAGAGACCUGAAUAGGCACUUUACAAAAGAAGAUAUGCAGAUGGCUGAUAAAUACGGAAAAUGCCGCUCAACAUCAUUCCUCACCAGCCUUCCUGUGCAUCGGUGGAUCUGCAGGGAGACAGCUCCUUACAGGUGGAGAUUUCUGACGCAGUGAGUGAGCGGGACAAGGUGAAAUUCACUGUUCAAACAAAGAGCUGCCUCCCUCACUUCGCCCAGACCGAGUUCUCAGUCGUGCGGCAGCACGAGGAGUUCAUCUGGCUGCAUGAUGCCUAUGUGGAGAACGAGGAGUACGCCGGCCUCAUCAUCCCCCCAGCCCCUCCGAGGCCAGACUUUGAGGCUUCGAGGGAAAAGCUACAGAAAUUGGGCGAGGGGGACAGCUCUGUCACUCGGGAAGAGUUUGCCAAGAUGAAGCAGGAGCUGGAAGCGGAGUACCUGGCCAUCUUUAAGAAGACAGUUGCGAUGCACGAAGUCUUUCUGCAGCGCCUGGCGGCCCACCCCACCCUGCGUCGAGACCACAACUUCUUUGUGUUUUUGGAAUAUGGACAGGAUCUGAGUGUCCGGGGGAAGAACAGGAAGGAGCUCCUCGGAGGGUUUCUGAGGAAUAUUGUGAAGUCCGCGGAUGAAGCCCUCAUCACGGGCAUGUCAGGGCUCAAGGAGGUGGAUGACUUCUUUGAGCAUGAGAGGACCUUCCUGUUGGAGUAUCACACCCGUAUCCGAGAUGCCUGCCUGCGGGCCGACCGCGUCAUGCGCGCCCACAAGUGCCUGGCAGACGAUUAUAUCCCUAUCUCAGCUGCACUGAGCAGUCUGGGAACACAGGAAGUCAACCAGCUAAGGACGAGCUUCCUUAAAUUGGCAGAGCUCUUUGAACGGCUGAGGAAGCUGGAGGGCCGGGUGGCUUCCGAUGAGGACCUGAAGCUGUCGGACAUGCUGAGGUAUUACAUGCGUGACUCACAGGCAGCCAAGGACCUGCUGUACCGGCGGCUGCGGGCACUGGCCGACUACGAGAAUGCCAACAAGGCGCUGGACAAGGCACGCACCAGGAACCGGGAGGUGCGGCCCGCCGAAAGCCACCAGCAGCUGUGCUGCCAACGCUUCGAGCGCCUCUCCGACUCUGCCAAGCAAGAGCUCAUGGACUUCAAGUCCCGCCGGGUCUCCUCUUUUCGAAAGAAUCUCAUUGAGCUGGCAGAGCUGGAGCUCAAACACGCCAAGGCCAGCACCCUGAUUCUCCGGAACACCCUUGUUGCCCUAAAGGGGGAGCCUUAGAGCAGCCAGAGCUCAGCCAGACCCCAAUCUGGGAUCUCCAGUGACUAGGGUAUCCCAGACCCCUCUCUCCAGCAAGAUGUCUCCUUCCCUAGCACAGUGCCACUAGCCAUACCCUCACUCUGCCCCACAUCCUCUCAGGGAAAGCCCAAACCCCCUAUCACCACCACCACAGGUGCCAGGCCCUGCAAGACACAGGGCAGCAUGGGCAUCAUAACUGGCCACAGUCAGCAGAGCCCCAGGGACCCUGACACCCCUCCCCAGGAAGCUGAGGAACAGCCUCUACCCUCACCCGUAGCCCUGAAGGAAUCACAGCUCACUUGAUCCCAGCCUGUUCUCCUUCACAAAUAAAAACCCUGGUUUUGUAGCAAG